AUGGUGAAAGAAACCACUUACUAUGAUGUUUUGGGGCUCAAACCCAAUGCCAUCCAGGAGGAAUUGAAAAAGGCUUAUAGGAAACUGGCCUUGAAGUACCACCGUGAUAAGAAUCCAAAUGAAGGAGAGAAGGUUAAACAGAUUUUUCAAGCUUAUGAAGUUCCCUCUGAUGCAAAGAAAUUGAAAUUAUAUGACAAAGGAGGAGAACAGGCAAUUAAAGAGGGUGGAGCCGGUGGCAGUUUGGGCUACCCCAUGGACAUCUUUGAUAUGUUUUUUGGAGGAGGAGGAAGGAUGCAGAGGGAAAGGAGAGGUAAAAAUAUUGUCGAUCAUGGAGAUGUCAAGUGUGUGCUAAGUGAAGGCAUGCCAAUUUAUUGGGGCCAGUGA